AUGUAUUAUGCUCUCAACAUAUCGAGUGGAGAUCUUAUCGCUAAACAAAGCAUACCUUUACCUGGAGGAGAUUUGGUAGAAUUGAAUGGUGUCAUUCAACCAUCGUCAGUUAGCGAUGAAUUUCUACUGAUUGGAGGUAAUAUUACAGAUGUUGGUGAAUCUUAUAUUCCAAUCAUUUGGUCUUAUAAUGUAGUCGUACAUGUAAAGUUUCAACAAAUGCAUUACCAAUGGAGUCCUCAGAUGGCAACAUAUGAUUCAAUUAACAAUAUAGUUUACUUGAAUGCUGAUUUUAAAGGAUAUCCAGUGUUGCUCAAAUUUGAUUAUAAUCAACAUAAAGAAGAUGUAGUUACAUUACCAGGUACAGGAUGGUAUAUACAAUCAUCGUACAAUGAGACAACCAAUAUGUGUUAUCUCGGUGGUACAAGCCAAGUAGCAAAUCAAUUUAGUCAGAUGGUAGUUGCCACCUAUAACACGGUGACUGGAGAUACAUCGUCACACAUCAUUCAAUUUGAUGUCCCCAAUAGUUGUUACUACUCGAUUGCAAUGUAUCAAUACAACUCCAAGUUCUAUGCUGGACUAUAUGCUGCCUCGGGGUCUUGUCCAUCAUACAUAUUUGAAGUGGAUAUUGUUGCAAACACUUCGACAUUACUAGCUACCAUCCCAUAUGACAAUGCAGCUCCAUUCGACUCCGAUAUAUAUUUUGUAUUCGAUAAUAUCAAUGGAUAUCUAGCCAUGAUUGCAACGAAUGCUGAAGAUUAUACAAAGCUCGAAAUUUGUAUGGUCAAUCUCAAUACCUAUGAAGUUGACCAAUAUGCUUUACCCAACGUACUUAGCAAGCUAAAUGCUGAUGAAGACGAGUUUUUAAUGACUCUAUCCUAA